UUAUAUUUUACACAGAGUAUCAAAUAGUUAGGGUAUAUCGAAAGAACAUGGCAAAGAUGAUAAGCCUUUCGAUCUAUGCUAUUUUAUUUGUAAUUAUCGGUGUCAACUCACAAUAUUGGGGGUAUCAUGACCUCAGUCCUUACGGCGACGAGGAACAGUGUGGUCCAGAUGUUUCUUUACAAAACGUUGCUGGCGAAAGAGAAAGAGAUGACAAUGCAUUGGCAGAUACGUAUCUGCCUUUGAUUGGGAAAAAGCAAAAGGUUGACGAACCUGUUCGACCACAACUUCGUCGGCCAUCUGAACCUGUAGUAAUUGUUCCAUUGCCACAACGUAGACGCGAAGGAAGAUUUUAUGUUCAAGUUUCAAAUACAAACGGGCAGGUACGAGCGCAACCAAGAAGAUCUAAGAGACGAGCAACAGAUUUGAACGAAUGUGCCACAAAUAAUGGCGGAUGCAGUCAGAUAUGCUGUAAUUCAUUUGGUGGAUUUCGAUGUAAGUGCAGAGAAGGAUUCACAAUGGAUUCAAAUGGAAAGAAUUGUAUCGAUAACAACGAAUGUUUACGACACAACGGUGGUUGUUCUCAACUCUGUGUAAACAUACAAGGCGGAUUUUACUGUCAAUGCCAGGAAGGAUACAAAUUACACACAGAUGAAAGAACGUGCAUUCCCAUAAAGAAUUGCCUCGUUAGGAAUGGAGGAUGUGCACAUAUAUGUGAAACCCAAGGCAAAAGCAGAUAUUUUUGUAAAUGUGAACCUGGAUACAUUUUGAAUACAAAUGGAAAAGAUUGUGACAAGAUCGACCCGUGCGCUGACAACAACGGUGGAUGUGCCCACAAAUGUUUGGCGGUCGGUAUACGCGCGCAAUGUUCGUGCUUCGAGGGAUACCGUCUCACAGCUAAUAAUAGAUCAUGCGUCGAUAUUGAUGAAUGCGCAGUGAACAAUGGAGGAUGUUCUCACAUUUGUCUAAAUACGCAGGGGUCAUAUGCCUGCAGAUGUAAUCCAGGUUAUGAACUUGGUUCCGAUGGAAAGAAAUGCUACCGUAUCGAAAUGACAGUUAUAGAAUCUUGCUACAACAAUGACAAUGGAGGGUGUAUGCACAUAUGUAAUGCACAUGAAUCCGGACCAGUUUGCUCUUGUAAACCCGGUUACGAACUUGAAGUGGACGGAAAGAGCUGCAGAGACACCGAUGAAUGCAGAGAUGGUAGUAAAUGCUGUCAACAAUCAUGCAACAAUAUUCCUGGUGGUUACGAAUGUAGUUGCUUCGUCGGAUUUCAAAAAGAUCCAAAUAACGGAUGUGGAUGUAUCGAUAUUAACGAGUGCUCUAGUGACAAUGGUGGUUGUGAUCAGGGAUGCGUGAAUAGUAAAGGAUCAUACCAAUGUACAUGCGGAGGAGGAUAUAUAUUGCGUGGAGACGGUCGCACUUGUAUAGAAAUUGAACGGACAUUCCUUGCACCUCCAAAACAACCAGUUUUGAAUAUUGCUCGUCGGCCAGUCAUCUUACUUCAGCCAGAACCAAAACCAGUACGCCUAUUACCAGAAGAAGAUUCGCUUGGAGAACUUGGCGCGUUCGGAAUGAUAAUCAGGUGUGAACCAGGUCGGUUUGGAGCUGACUGCAAUUACAAUUGUGGAAAUUGUUCACAUGGAACAUGCAAACACGAUCUUAGUGGAUGUGACUGUGCUCCUGGCUAUGAAGGAAUAGUUUGCAGCGAAACUUGCAGCGGAAACAAAUACGGCCAAGACUGCGCACAAACAUGUCAAUGUCAGAACGAUGGAGAAUGCGACCCAGUGACUGGAUCAUGUACUUGCCCACCAGACGUGAAAGGAGAAUUUUGUGAAGACGGCUGCCCGAAAGGAUUUUUUGGACCUUCUUGCGACAGACGAUGCAAUUGCCACCAAGGGAGAUGCAGACGAUUGACUGGCGCUUGUUUCUGUGAUCCGGGUCGUUAUGGAAAAAGAUGUCACAGACCUUGUCCUCGAUGGUCACAUGGACCUGGAUGUAUCUAUCAAUGUGAAUGUAGCAAGAAAUACAGCAUAGGAUGCAGCGAGAAAAACGGACAAUGCAAAUGUAAGCCGGGUUAUACAGGACCAACAUGCGAAGAAGAAUGUAGACCAGGGUUUUUCGGCUCAAAAUGUCUGCAAAAAUGUGCAUGUGUGGAAGGUAUUGCCUGCGAUCAUGUGACUGGCAUCUGUCAACGUGAAUGUCCGGAAGGUUUCAAAGGGGCCGACUGCACACAACCUUGCUAUGCUGGUACUUGGGGACGAAAUUGUUUGGAAAUUUGUAACUGCGCAGAUGGAGGCGAAUGCGAUACUAUCACAGGAAAAUGUCAAUGCCAAAAUGGAAAAACAGGACAUCAUUGUGACGAAGAUUGUCCCGAUGGUACGUGGGGACCAAACUGCGCCAAUGCUUGUAGAAAAUGCUUCAACAACGGGCAAUGUAACAAAGCAACUGGAGUAUGUGAAUGUACUGCUGGAUAUGUUGGAACUAGAUGCGAUCAAGAAUGUGGUAAGGGCAGAUGGGGAAGAGACUGUCGCAACAGAUGCAGUUGUGGAAAUGGUUUAUGUGAUGCUACUACUGGUUCGUGUGUGUGUGAAGCUGGCUAUGCAGGAAGAAAUUGUCAAAAAACUUGCGGUCUCGGUUUCUGGGGACUUCAUUGUGCCAAUCGUUGCGAGUGUGAGAAUGGAGAAACAUGCGAUCCAGUGGACGGCGAAUGUGACUGCGCACCGGGAUGGAAAGGACGAAGAUGUGACCAAGGAUGUACUGGAGAAACAUACGGAGCUCAUUGCUCUCAAAAAUGUCUUUGUGAAAAUGGCGCGGAGUGUGAUCACAUAAGCGGAGCUUGCUCGUGUUCUGCUGGAUGGCGGGGAACCAACUGUGACAAACCAUGUCCUGGGGGAUACUAUGGACCUGAAUGCAAGCUCACUUGUGCUUGCGGUAAUGGGGCAAAUUGUCAUCAUAUAACGGGAGAAUGUACGUGUCCCGCCGGUUGGGUUGGCGAAAGGUGUGACGAGAAAUGCGCUCCAGACAGAUGGGGAGGUAACUGUACUAAUUACUGCGAUUGCGAAAACGGUGCUAAAUGCGAUCAUAUAACGGGAACUUGUAUAUGUGAGGUUGGAUUUGAUGGAGCCAGAUGCGAUCAAAAUUGUCGACAAGGAUUUUACGGCCGUGGCUGUGCUUUCAGAUGUUUCUGUCGUAAUUCAGCUUCGUGUGACCACAUCACUGGACGAUGUUCUUGUCCACCUGGAUGGAGUGGACUCGCAUGCGAACUGGAAUGCUCUGUCGGCAAGUAUGGUUUAGGUUGCGAGGCCUCGUGUUCAUGUCAAAAUGGUGGAACUUGCUCAAGCGAUUCAGGAGAAUGUAGAUGUAGACCAGGGUGGCGAGGAUAUGACUGUUCAGAAGCUUGUCCUGCUGGUACUUUCGGUGCAUCAUGUUCUCAACAAUGUAAUUGCGAAAACUCGAACGGUUGCGAUAGUGUCAAUGGACAUUGUUUCUGUGCUCCAGGAUGGAGAGGAGCUAAAUGUGAACGCCCUUGUCUACCUGGGUAUUUUGGAUCCGGAUGUACCGAAAGAUGUAUGUGCGAUUCUGGCAGCCCAUGUCAUCAUGUAACCGGCAGUUGUGAAUGUCCGCCAGGUUUUAUGGGCUCCGGAUGUCAUCGGAAAUGCCCAAAUGGAAAAUUCGGGGUAAAUUGUCAAAGUUCUUGCGCAUGUUCUUCAAAUGAAAGAUGCGAUCCGAUCAACGGAAAAUGCAGUUGUAUGGCUGGAUUUAUGGGGUCAGAUUGUAGACAAGAAUGUACCCCCGGACGAUUCGGAAUAAAUUGUGUCAGUAUUUGUCAAUGUAAGAAUGGCGGACUAUGUGAUCCAGUACUCGGAACCUGCACUUGUCCUGGUGGAUUCCUAGGAUCUUUCUGCACCGAAACUUGUCCUGUUGGAUAUUACGGCAUCAGUUGUAUGAAGAGAUGCGAUUGUGGACGAAAUGGUCGUUGCAAUCAUGAAAACGGACAAUGCCUGCAAGAUUCACAAUGCCCCGCAGGAAAAACAGGAAACGGAUGUUUGUCAAAUUGCUCACCAGGUACUUGGGGAACCGGCUGCAGUCAAAGUAAAACUUGUGCAAAUGGUGGAAUCAUUAAUCCCGAAGAUGGCGAAUGUACUUGUGGUUUUGGAUGGACGGGUGCAAACUGCGAUCAAGAAUGUUCUGCUGGUACAUGGGGGCCAAGUUGUUCACACCAGUGUCAAUGUAAUAGCAGAGGAUCAUGCGAUCGAUUCACCGGAUGUUGUACCUGUGACGCCGGAUUUUAUGGACAAAACUGUCAAUUCGAAUGCCCGGCCGGUUUUUACGGAAAUGGUUGUAAGAAAACAUGUGAAUGUUUGAAUUUCUUAUCUUGUGACGGCGACACUGGCCGAUGUCUUUGCAAGCCAGGUUGGACUGGACCAACAUGUGAAGAAGCAUGCCCAGCUGGAAGAUUUGGACCUAAUUGCGUGAACACGUGCGACUGUGGGGGUUCCGUAACUUGUGAUACGGAAACGGGUGAAUGUGCUUGUCCUCCCGGAUACACCGGACCAAGAUGUGAAAGAGUGUGCAACACUGGAACAUACGGACCAAAUUGUUCGUUUUCGUGCCAAUGUUCGAGAGGAGCUAUCUGUGACCCAGUUUCUGGUGGCUGUACAUGUAGAGAUGGUUGGUUCGGAGCUACUUGUAGCAAAGCUGGACUCCUAGAAUACGAACGCAGAACAACAACAACCCAAGCGCCAACCACCACAACCACAACAACAACGGAAGCCACUACUACAACCACAAGACGAAGCAUCGUUUUUCGUGAGCGCCCUGAAUUUAAAUUUAGGCCCCUUCCCGAAUCCUUAUUCAGUCGCCGAGCCCAGGCCCUUCGUUCCCGUAUAAGAGCCGCCAAUGCUAGAUUAUACUCACGUUAUACCAGAUCAUCAUCACACUAUCGUCAUGCGCGCAGAGAGUGAAUCUUCAAAGUUACAAAUACGAACACCAGCAUGAAAUACUGAAUUGGGAACACUACCUUCCAAUGAUCAACAACGUGGCAGAAACUAAAUUUAAAACUGACUAUAUUAUGCUCCAUCUAUCCCACAGACUUGAUCGUCAUCAAGUUACUUCAAAGGCGUUUUUCUUUUUUUUUUACUUUUGUUUUAAUAUUAUAGUUCCAGUUUUCCUCAGUUAAUCAUAGUUUGUUUUUUUUCAAAUUAACGUUUGUCUACGACCAGACCAGUGAGUGAUCUUCUGAACUUUUCAAUUUGUCAGUUCUUUUAUUUGACAAAAAAUAUAUCCUGAUGAAAUUUAAAAUAUGUGGAGUAAAAUUUAUCUUUGUAUAAAUAUGACAUGCUUUGUUAUCUAGAAACAAUAUCGCCUCUUUAAUGUCAAUUUUUUGCUCUACUCUAUUCUCUGCUAUUAAACAACAAUUACUUGUAAAAUUUGUAUGUUUCAGAGUGUUAUACUAUUAGUAGGGAUAUUUUUUAUCAAACGUUUGUAAAAAAUACACUUAUUUAAAACGAC